UUCCAGAGAUGGAGCAUGCUGCUGCUAACGUCCACUACACCCUGCUGCUGGCCUGCGUGUUGGCGGCCUUCUCGCUGGGCGCCAUCUUGUCGGGCUUCCUGGUGUCGUGGUACUGCAGCCGCAGCGCCACUCAGCAGGCCAGGAGGAUGGGGAAAGACCCCGAGGUCCCGCACACCUUAUCUCUACGGUCCCUCGCCAAGCUCAACGGACUGCUGGACGGACAGAAAAAGGAGGACAAACAUGACGUGUCCAUCCUGAAGAUGUACAACUCCUUUAUCUCCAACGGCGGCGCAGAGCCUCACCUCAACACCCGUGCGCACCCGGGCCUGCCGCUGGGAGACCCCGAGCUCAGCCUCUCCCAGUCUCUGUCUCAGGGAGAUGGAGAUAUGUCCGGCCUGCCCACGCCUGUCUCCACCCCCGAGCUCCCCAUCAAGAACAUGAAGGCCCUGCGGCACCAUCAGUAUGAGAGGAACCAGAAUUGCAACAACGCGGCGGACAGCAGCCACAAAUCUACGCCGUGUGGCUCCACAUCCAGUCUGGGUUUCAUGGCUGUUGUCAGCAACUCUAUGACACAGCAGGUGUUCCCCUGCUCUCAUCACCAUGGCAACAGUUUGAACAAUGUAGCAGCACAUGGAGCCGCUACCUCUUCAACUUCACUGCAUCUGCCUGAUGAAAGGAACAUCUUGAAUGAUGAGCAGGCAGCAGAAGGCGGAGGACUACCUCAUCACCACCUCUCCCAGCAGUCCCUGCCCCAGAGAGGGGGGGGGCAGUCCGCGCUGGACGAGCUCCUCAAACACAUCCACGAGGUGAGCGCGUCAGGAACCGGUGGCAUCAAGGUGCUCACCUCCACGUCCUCAUCUGGAGAACAUCAUCUUAAUCACCACCCUUAUUAUAAUAAUAAUCCCCAGAGCCAGACCAGCACCCACUACUACAGCCACAGCCAUCACCAUAGCAACCACCACAACAAUAACAGCAGCAACGGCGUUCACCAUCAGCAGCAGCAGCAGAUCCCUGAGAACGACCCAGCUCCAUAUUACAGCACCUCCACUCUGCCUAGGGAUGCUCCCACUCAGAACUCCUCCUCUUCUGCUUCUUCUUUCUCGUCAUCCUUUGACAACCCCACCUCUUCCACCUCCAUCCAGUCAUCCAACUCUACUUCCUCCUCAACGGCACUCCAGCAGCAGGUGAUUCCAGAAAGACCAAGAAGAACAAGUGUCUCAGUCACACGCCACCACUCCCAGCGCCACUUGCUCAUCAAGAUGGGCAGCGGGGGCCGUGCUGUGCCGCGUCACCACAGCUUCAACCAACGGACGCCGCAGCAGGCACACUUUUUGGCCAGGAUGAACACCAACAGCAGCAGCAACGGCCCUCCAGGCGACAGCAUGGCGGCUGGCAUGAGCAGAAAUACCAGCUGCGAGAGGCAGGGGCCUCCAGUCGCCAGCGCCUGCCUUACGCGGCAGCACAGUUACAGUGAAGGGCCACAUGUGCAGCGGGCAGCAACCGUCCAGAGAACACUCUCGCUUAAACCCGAGGUCCCGCUAAAACCGCUGUUCCUUCCAAACACAGCGACAUCAUCAAUGGCAGAGGCGGGAACAUUCAAAUGCUGAGACUGUAGGAGGCUUCUUCAGUCAGCACUUUGAAUUGUCUGCAGGGAUUGUGAGAAAUUGCUAAAUUGAUGCAACGAAAGACUCAAGAGUCCUAAUUAAAACCCCUUAAGUUGUGGUUAUUUUGCCGUUGCUUCUCUUAGUCCAAACCCCAGCACUGUGACUGCUUUGCUCACAAAGAAGAGACUAUGAGGAUCGACUGACAAACAAGAUCUUCAAAUAAAGCACGAGGGGACUGCUAAUGGCAACCUUCUCCUCACCACAGACUGCGGAUAAAAACUGGCGGGACUGAAAAACAUUCCAGAAGCAGGGUGAAAGAUGUUAAUGAUUUAAAAGGAGUCCUUAAUAAAAAUCCAUGAUUAAUGCAGUUUUCUUAUGAGCGCUUUGAUAUGCUGUCCGGAUCGCACCUUGGCACAGCGCCGGAUUUGAUUUGCAAAGAUUAAUAAAGCAGGGAAUUGUACUGUUGCGGACCUAACAUGAACUGAAUCUGGGACUGUGGGAGUGUUCACUCUCCUUUUCUGUGAUUAAACGAGUACAAACCCAGAAAAAAAACACUGAAAUUAGGUUUUUGUUAUCAUGUUCGAUGGAGCUUUCAGAACAUCAACACAUCAGCAUAGGAAAAAGACGGUUCUGCUUCAUGAGCUGUAGUCAAAAAUGUAAAUAUGGGGAUCCAGUUAAGAGCAGCUGCCACUGAUAGUACAUAGUGAGUCCAUAUUGGGAUCUGAGACACAAUUACAACCUAAAUGGACUGUUGGAUGUUAACUUAAAGGGGACCUAUCAUGCAAAAUGCACUUUUUGUAUGUCUUUUAUACAUAAAUAUGUGUCCCCGGUGUGGAGAUUUGUCACAUUUUUCAUGGGCGCAACCCAUACUCAGCUCUGCUGCUCAUCCCACAAAUGCAUGUUCGUCACAAUUGUGGCACCAUUUAAAAGGGAAAUAAACAGGUUUUCCAAUGGUAUAAGAUGUAUUGCCAAGAAGCAUUGUUA